AUGUUUGGGAAAUUUUCAAGAAUAUUGUUCGGUGGGUUAUUUACUAUAUCGACCCUUGCUGUAGGGUCUCUAUACUUGUUCCAAAAUAAGUUGGUGUAUCCUUCAUGGGCACAAGGAGCUAGAAAUCAUGUGGACACACCAGAUACCAGAGGACUUCCAUAUAAGCGUAUUAAGCUAACAACUAGAGAUGGUAUGAAGCUUGAUGCCUUUGAUCUUCGGAAGGAGGAGUCCACAACUACAGUUGUAAUAUUGUGCCCAAACGCUGGUAACAUUGGUUAUUUCAUCCCAAUUAUGGAGAUGUUCUAUCGUCAGUUUAAUAUGAGUGUUUUUAUUUACUCCUAUAGAGGUUAUGGAAAAUCGGAUGGUUCUCCUUCAGAAAUCGGAUUAAAGAUCGAUGCGGAUAGUGCGAUGUCUUACCUUGCUACUGAUGAAUUUCAUAGGCAAAGGAAAUUAGUAUUAUACGGGCGUUCUAUUGGUGGAGCAAAUGCAAUCUAUAUUGCUUCAAGGUUUGGUAAUAUGAUUGAUGCUGUUAUAUUAGAAAAUACCUUUUUGAGUAUCACGAAGGUUAUACCGUAUAUUUUUCCUUAUUUGGCAAAAUUUGCAUUCUUAUGUCAUGAAGUGUGGAAUUCAGAAGAAGAAAUUACCAAGAUUCCAUCUGAAAUAUCCUUUUUAUUUCUACGAGGUUUAAAGGAUGAGAUAGUUCCGCCUCCUCAUAUGACUGAAUUAUAUUCUCUGUGUCCUAGUAAAGAUAAAGAGAUGUACGAAUUUCCGUUAGGUCAUCAUAAUGACACGAUUUUACAAGAUGGGUAUUGGAAUAUAAUAGGUGAAUAUUUAAUGAAAAGAAAGCUUAUUAGUAAAUAA